AUGAGUGUUGUGAGAACGUGUGUGUAUUUUCUUGUGUUAUCUGUGAGUUUUCAUUCGGCAGUAGGCAAGCCUUUUUUCGGCACACGGUUUUGGUGCGAUUUAUUCUGUGAUGACGACGAUGAGGAUGAUGUGAGCACGACAAGUACCAGUACAGAAGACUAUUUUGAUGAUUUAUUCGUGUCGUGUAGUGACUGUCCAACGCGUCGACCUCCAAGACGACGACUUCCAACAGACAUACCGAAUCCCAAUAUGGCUCCUCUUAGUUUCAUGAUUCCUCCCAUGACUGGCAUGGGUGUCACUGUGUCAAAUAGAAACGGCACAUGGCUCAUGAAUCUUUCACCUUGGAAUUCACCUGCUACCACGGCAACAUCAGCAGCCGCUGCCACCACCACCGCUGCAACCACAGCGGGAACUGGUGGCACCACCGUUGCACCAACUACCGUUAAGAAAUAA